CUAAAAACCAAUUGUCAAUCCCAACAAAAACAGACUAAAAACAAAUACCCAGUAUAAAUUUUUUUGUAAUUCCGAUAAAAAAAUGGACAAUGAGAACUCUGUAAUAUACGGUUUAGAAUUUCAAGCUAGAGCCCUUGCACCCCAACUAGCUGAAAUAGAAAAAAUAAAAUUCAUAAUUGGAACACAGUCUUUAAAACAAGCAAAUAACCAGGUUCAUUUAAUAGAGUUCAAUGAAGAAAUAUCUACAAUUAAAACUUCAGUUUUUCAUCAUUGUGAAGGGGAAAUUUGGAAGAUUACCACUAGCCCUAUCGACCCUCUUAAAUUAGCAACAUGUUACAAUUCCAUCACCAGUGAAAGUAAUUGUAUAAUGAAAACAGCUAUUCGGAAACUACCAGAAACUGAAAACCCUGAAAAUAUUGAAAAUUUAGAAAUCAUAACCAAGCUUGACACUACAAACUUUGGGAAUGAUAUCAAAACCACAGAGUUUCAUCCAAAUGAAAGUGAAACAGCUGUAACGUUAACAGACACCCAGGUUGUUCUUUGGGAUGUAUCUCAAACAGAGGGUAGAAGUGUAAUCAAUAUUUCCUUAGAAGGUAAAAAUAGUCCAAAGUUUACUAACGGCAAAUGGAAUCCUCAUCAAAACUGCAGUCAGUUCACUACAGCAACUGAGACACAUUUAAAAACAUAUGAUAUAAGAUCAGGAGACUUAGCAUGGAGUAUAGACAAUGCCCACAGCCAGUUAAUACGAGAUAUAGAUUACAAUAUGAAUAAACAAUAUCAUCUUGCCACCUGUGGAGAUGAUGCCUUUCUGAAAAUUUGGGAUUUCAGACAGACCAGCAUGCCAGUAUUUUCCAGAAGUGACCAUUCCCACUGGAUAUGGUGCGUUAGAUUCAACCAUUUCCAUGAUCAACUGAUUCUCACAUCCAGCUCAGAUGCCAGGGUUCUCUUAUCAAGUGCCGCUAGUGUCAGUUCAGAAAACACAAAUGAAAGUUGCAUAUCAGAUGAUAGUGAUGGACUUGAAACUAAACAAAUGUUGAAGGAUGGCCCCCUUCAAUGGUGUGAGCAUGAAGAUAGUGUAUAUUGUGCUGAAUGGUCGCCUGCCGAACCUUGGGUAUUUGCAUCUCUCAGCUACGAUGGGAGGCUGCUUAUAUCUCAUGUUAAAAAAUCUUUAAAAUAUCAGAUCAUGUUAUGAAUUGUAUUACUGAGAUGCAAGAUGUUUAUAUUCAACAGACAGUUAUAAUUAUUCCAAAUAAAAAUAUUUGAAAAUGAAAAA